AUGGACGACAUGGGGAUGAGCCUUGACGACCAAGAAAAGGUUCGUCUUGCAUCUGACUUUGUGAUGCUUGCACCUCCAGGAGAGUUUCACCAAGUGUUUUUAGAUGUGCAAAUACUGCUUGACAAUGAUGAUCUGGUGGAAGAGGGGGCGGUGGCCCAGCAUGACAUGGAUCAGUUCAUCCGUGCCAAAAUUGGGGGAUAUGAUGAUGAGGUUCUGAUAACAGUACAUGGAGACUUGGGUAAUGGCCGCUUCUUCGAUCCUCGCAACGAAAUCUCCUUCAAGUUUGACCACUUUACAAAAGAGGCCAGCGACCCGCAGCCCUACAAGGGUGAGACAGACCUCAGGUCCUGGAGAGAUGCCUGUGAUUCUGCUCUUAGUGCCUACGUUAAUCACUACCUCGACGGAGUCUGCACCGUGUAUGGGGAAACAAUAGAUGGCCAACAGACCAUUAUUGCGUAUGAGAGUCAUCAGUUUGAGUCUCAAAACUCCUGGAACGGUCGUUACAGGUCUGAAUGGAAGUUCAGUGUCACAGGAUCUAACCCUCAGCUGGUCGGCGUGUUGAAAAUACAGGUACAUUGUUAUGAGGAUGAAAAUGUGCACCUGAUCAGCCGGAAAGAUAUUAAGGAAGAUAUGCACAUAACUGUAAGACGAGCCCAGGGUGCAAAGUCACUGAUAAAAAUGAUUCUGAAAACAGAGCACUUGUAUCAGUGCGCCAUCUUGGAGAACUACGAGACCUCAUUGGACGACGCAUUCAAAGCCUUGCGCAGACAGUUCCCGUACACUCGCACCAAGGUCGACUGGGACAAGAUCGUCGGCUCCAAUCUCGGCACAGAGAUGCAGAAUGCUUAGAGCACAGAUCCUGACGUGUUGACGAAAAGCUGAUCGGGGAAAAAGGCUGAUGGUCGUGCAAAAUUGUGUGAUGCAAUAUGAC